AUGUUAAAAUUACAUUAACAAUUAAUACAUUGUCCCUAACAUAAGGAGAAAAUAAUAUCAUUCAAUAUUGAAAAACAUUGUCCUCUUAAUCAGAGAGUCCUUUGCAAAAAGUGUCCAGCAGAUGGAUUAAAAUUGGAUAUCGAGGAAGUGGAAACCUUGCCUCAAAGACAUUAAUUAAAUGAAAAACAUUUACAAACCACAUCAUAAUUCAUUCAACACAUCAACCAUCAAUAUAAUACAAUCAAACAAUAAAUCAUCGAAGAAUUGGAGCAUUUUAAAAGGGAACUAGACGAUUUUAUGCAUCCAAUAAUAAAUUAAAAAGAAAAGUUCGAUUAUUAUUUGGUACCUGAAUCAACAUUAUCCUUAAAAGAUUUUUAGGAAUUAGGAUAACUGUUGGCUGAGAAUAUUGUGAUUGAAGAAGAUCAAUUUGUUCUCGACUUUAAUAAAAUAGUAACUCAAAAUCACAGAUAAUAUAUACAAUAAAAAUUCACUGACUUGGAACUGCUAUUAUAGUUAUUCAGAAAUAUUAAUUGCAAUAAAUAAAUUGAGUAUCAAAUCUAAAAGAGCAUUCAAUAAUAGUAUGAACAUUAUCAUUAACAUGCUAAAGUAUCAAAGCAUUCCUGUCAACUCUUAUAAACAAAUUAAAAUAUCUUGUCUUUAGGAAUUAAUCAUGAUGAAUCUAUAAUGGUAAUUGGUUUAUAAGACAAGGCAGAGACUAUGUUUGAUAAUCUAGUAGUGUAUUCAAAAAAUGAUUAAGGAAAUUGGGAAUUAGAAUAAAUUUUAUAACAUCAUAAUUCCUCUGUUCAUCACAUUUAUUAUAGUAAGAAGGAAGAUUGGUUCAUAUCUGUAAGCAUGGACAGUAAUAUCGUAUUUUGGCUAAAGUUAUAGAAUACUUGGGUUCAGAAUAGGUUGAAAUAGGAACAUUUAAAUUUCAUUUGGAAUGUAAUAACAAGUGAGUUGGAGAAUAUCAUAGUAACAUGCAGUGAAGAUUCCUCUGUUAAGAUAUGGUUUAAACAUGAAGAUUCAAUAAAAUGCAUUCAAACACUUAAUCGACACGUAGGGCCAGUAUAUGCCAUAGUAUUAAACAAUGAUAAUACAGUAUUGUGCAGUGGAGGAGAGGAUAAGUAAUUGAUAUUAUGGAAGUAUUUCGAAUAAUAAUGGGAAGAGUUUCAAGUUAUAAAUGUUCAUUCAAAGAAAAUUAUGGCGAUUUAAUUUUAUGGUCUAAAGAAUCUAAUUGUUUAAUUUGAAAAUUGCAUCUAAAUUAUAGAUAGAAAAGGUGGUUAAUGUAUAGAAUAGAUAAAUCAUAAUGAAUAUAGGAUAUCUAAUUUGAUAACUUUUAAUGAAUCAUUAAUAAAUUAUGAUUUUAAUGGAAACUUAUUAAUAUGGAUGAAAAAGGACAAUAGAUGGUACAUUGUUUUGAAGUAAACCUAUGCACACAAGAUCAAAUGUGUUUAUGGAAGGGUAAAUGAAUUAUAUGUUGGGGAAGGUAACAAAGUCCACAGAAUAUAAAUAUGA